AUGCUUUUUAUUUUACUACAAAUAUAAAACAUCCUCUGUGGUACCUUAUGGCCAACUUCUGAUGCAAUAACAUUAUCAAUUUCAAAUCGAUAUGAAUUUGCGGAUUACACCUUCAAGAUGAUUCCAGAAUCAGCUAUUCCUAUUGGAGGUGAAUUAUAAAUCAUCUUCCCAUCAUAAUAUCUCUCUGGCUUGGGCAUAGAUCUUGUCUUAGAUGAUACCUGCUCACAUGUUUGCACAAUUAGUGGAUACUUGGUUCGCUUUUAUAUGGAAAAUGACAUUCAAAUCAAUGAGACUAUUACUGUCAAAAUCAAUAAUAUAAAGAACCCUGAGAGAAAAGGUGGAACAGGAAAUUUCAUUGUAAGGUCUAAACUUGGACAGAAUGUUUUUGAUGAAAACUUGAUUUUUGGAACUGUUGGUAUAGCUGAUUAUGCGCUUGAUUUGAACUCCAUGAUAAUCAAAAUUGAUGAGACUAGUACUAAUGUGGUUAAUGAAAUGGCCUUAUAUAAUUUUUAUAUAAAACCUCCUAUUGAUUUGCCAUCGGGAUUUUACUUAUAAAUUACUAGUCCAUUGAUUAGUGAUCUGACUACAUGUAAAUUGAUUCCAUUUAAUUUCGUAACCCUAAGUGGUGAAAUCAAAUGUGAGGAUGGAAUUAUUGUAACUGGCUUCCCUAGUGUGGCUGCUUUGUUUACAUUUGGUAUUCAAAUCAAUUUUAAAAACCCAUCCUAUUCUUAGACUACUCCUAGUUUUAGAAUCGUAGCUUAUAGAAAGAAUACAAAAAUGGCCUAUGCAUGGAGAUCAGCUGUUGAUGGCCUAUACAUUUAGCCUAGUCAAUUCAUAACUAUCACAAUAACCCCAGGAUCAAAAAAGACCACUAUAAUUUCUGAUUACAAACUCAAUUUAAAAAUAAAAAAUGCUGUACCCAAGAGUGGAAGCAUUAUAGUCUAAUUGCCAUUGAAUUUUUAAUUGGCCAAUGGAUAUGAUUACAUAUUUGUAUCAUCUGGCAUUGUGAGUGAUGCAUUGGCUAUUUCAUCAACCUUGUAUUAAUUCAUAAUUACAGAUUUUGAAGAAAUACCUUAAUAUAGUGAUAUUGAAAUAGUAUUCAGAGUUGUCAAUCCUUAAAUUGCUGGCUAGAGUCAAUCGUUUAUUGUUCAAACUACCUAUGAUGGAACUCAUAUAAUUGAACAAUGCAAUACUAAUUUAGCAGUCAACAUAAUAGAAUUAACUACAUAUAGCCCAGUGGUAGCUACACUUACUAGUCCUUAUGCUAAUUCUCUUACAAAUUUGUAGUUUACUAUUAAUAGCAUCAAGAAUUUAGCUAGUAAAAUUGUGAUUAAUUUUGGACCAUAAUGGUAAUAUUAGGUUACAACUCCUACGAAUAUUUAAUGUUAAUUAGGAGGAGCAUCAUCUUCACUUUGCGAACUUGUUAAUACAACUUUGACAAUGACAUUCGCUACCUCAGUUUCAGGAACUAAAACUGUUGACAUAAAUGGAAUUCUUAAGGCACCUCCUUAUGCAAUAAAUUAAUUUUUAAUUUAUGAUACAUUUGAUACUUCGAAUGUAGACAUUGAAUCUGGAAGUGUUAAAAUAACUAUAAAUCCAAAAUUGGAUAGUGGAGCAUAAUUUACUUGGUAUGGUUAAGGAUUAUCAACAAGUACUGUAAAUUUAUAUGCAACCUUAUAAGUUAAGUUUACUCCUAGUGUGAAAAUUCCACCAUACAUCAUUAUAGUAGAUGACGAAACUGAUGAAGGUACUGUAGAUGAAGGCACUACUACUGAUGGAGGUACAACUACUGAUGGAGGUACUACGACUGAUGGAGGUACGACUACUGAUGGAGGUACGACCACUGAUGGAGGUACAACAGAUGGAGGUACAGAUACUCCUACAACUCCUACUUAUCCUACAUUGGAACCACCAUCUGCACAUGGUGAAAUAUGGAUUGAGUUCGGUCCUUUAUUAACUUGGGAUUCUAAUUUAGGAAUUGAUACUCUAUUUUGUAUUACCGAUCUUGUUCCUUUAGAUCAAUAUUUAAUAGAUUGUGAAAUCUUUUAAGGUAGUUCGACUUCUUUACCCGAAAUUAGAUUAAAGAAUUUUAAGGAAAUAACUGAAAAUACAGCGAUUAACAUCAAGCUUACAGGAAUUAAAAAUCCACAAUUAAGCCCUAUUAUUUUAACAAUAUAUAGUGGAAUUAGAUAAUAUAGCAAUAGAAUUAUUUAUGAUUAUGCUACAAUAACUAUUACUCUGUCCACUAUAGUUCCUUUAACAGAAUUAACAUUGACAUCAAGUUUCUCUACAUCUGCACAAGCAGUAAAUCAGUUAUUUAAUCUUGUUUUCUAACCAGGUUUUACAGGGGCUGUGCCAGUAGGAUCAGUAAUCAGAAUCCAAUUGCCAGGAUAUGAAAAUGGAUUUCUCUAAGACACAACUAAAUGCACUGUAGAUAUCACUGAUAUGGCUUGCAAUAAAUUUAGGAAAAUAGAUUGGGUAGAAAUCCCAUUAACUUCAGCUGCAUCUACAACGAGCAUAAUUACGUUAUCAAAUUUGAAAUGGCCAACAACAUCAAAAGCUUUUGGAUAUGUACAUUGGGUUGUGUUUACAUCCAAUAUGGAAGCAUCAAAGGCUGUUGUUCAAGGAAGUGGAGCCACUUUUUUUCCAGCUCCAAAUCCAAAUGACUUUAACUCUGCCACAAUCACAUAAUAUUAAACUGGAAGAGGAUAUCCAGGAUAAAUUUUUAAGUUUGAAUUUAGUGUUAAUAAUGACAUCCCAGCAGGAGCAACAAUGAGAGUCUAAUUUCCAAAUGAGUUUGCCUUAAGAGCCAGUAAUCCAACUCCAGCUUGUAAUGGGUAUGAUCCUGAUGAAAUUGAGUUAACAGCCAUUCCUGCCAAAACUAUAUUUUAAAUAAUCUGUAUGGGUGUAAAAACUCCAACAAGUCCUCCUGAUAAUGAAAGUGAUGGAUGGUCAGCAUAUAUCUAUAUUGAUGGAAGAAUGCUCAACUAAAGAUAGAAUUUCUUUUCUUAUUUUUAUACAAAUGUAUUUUCAUAAGGAACUAUCAAUAUUUUGUAAUUAUUUGCAAUCCCAUUGAAUAUCAAUGAAAUUGCAACUUAUACAAUUGAAUUCCAACCUGAAAACAGUUUAUUGAUUGGAGCAGAAAUACAUGUCACAUUUCCUAGUUCUAAUUUUGACAAUUUACCAUACCCUCCAAAUCUAGCAGAUUGUGAUGUUGAAGGAGGUGCUGAUUCAUUUUAGAGUUGUUUAUUGGAUGGAUCAUCUUUCAUUAUAGUCUUAAAUAAAAUGUACGAAAGUGGAUCCAUUAAAUUUAUGAUCAAUAACAUAUAGAACCCACCAGAUCUAAUCAGCGAUGGAUUUAUUAUUCAGUCAUACUAUGAUGGAGUGUUGAUAGAUAGUACUGAUUAAAGUACAUUGCUAAAUCGUACUAUCACUUAUUACAGCAAGCCUAAUUCCUUGGUAAUUAACUAAAUGUCCUUUCAACCACAAAAUCAAGGAGUAAGGGCCAAAUAUUAAUUUAACAUUUCUACUGAAACUAGUGAUUCUGUCAAUGGUUCCAUUGUUAUCACUUUCCCUAACACCUAUGACAAGAGAUUAGGAGAUAAUUUAAAAGCAUAUGUGAAUUCAAUUAAAACCGAUUUAAGUGUAAAUAACAGAAUUAUCUCUCUCCCUGAAUCCUAAUACGCCACAUCAUACAAUUCAAUCUUAGUUGAGAUCUAAAAUGUUAUUAAUCCAAAUACAGAAGAGAAUUCUAAUACUGGGGAAUUCAGAGUUGGUAUUAGACAAAGUGGCCGAUAUACUCAUUAUAAUGGAAGUGUUGGUGUGUUGGAGAUGUUAACUCCACCUGGUUGGCUCUAUCUUGUGAAUAUUCAAUUGGCCAAUCAAUAUUCAAGAUGGUAAUCCAAAUAUACUUUCGAUAUGAUAUUAUACAACAAAAUACCAAUCAAUGGUUAUUUAGAAAUGGAUUUCCCAGAAGAUUAUGAAAUCUCAGACCAAUUAGCUCCAUGUAGUUUCUCCAAAUGCACUUACACUAGUAAUGUUCUAAAAGCAUAUGCGAAUCAAAUAAAUGGGCAAUUGCAAUUGAAUGUCUAUGUUGAAAAUCCAUUAUCGGAGGUGAUCAUUAAACAAUUUGUUAUGCAAUCCAAAGAUGAAAGAUAAGUUGUAGAACAAUCAUAUCCAAAUCUGGAUCCAUUUGAAUAUGAAUUUUAAUAUUCUGGACCAUUGAUCUUUAUCAAUAAUGAUUAAGAUAUCAUAGUCCCUCAAGGAUCUGAGUCUCCAGAUUUAUUAUUUUUAGUCGAAUACCCAAUGGCCUUAAACCUAACUUUUAAACACACUUAAACUGGAGAUUUCUAAGUCACUCCUAAAGACAUUGUGUUCUCCUAUACCAAAAUGUCUACCACAUUCAGAGUUUAGAUUCCCUCAACAUUGUAGACUGGCAUAUACUAUAUUUAUUGGAAGACAUAUGGAGAAAAGGACUAGCCCGUUUACACUCCCAUCAAAAAGUCUAAAGUUAUAGUUGUUUCUCAAACACUCAAUUUUUUAGUUACUGCCUUAUAUCCUAUUCCAAAUGGAGGUAAUUCUCUAACCAUGACUGUUUCUACUGUCAAUGCUCCCUACGAUACAACUACUGUAACAAUCAAAAAUAAUGAUAAUACUUUCUAUUUUGUGUCUGGUCAAUAAUCAGGGACUUCCAUUAAAUUAACAUUCCAAGUAGGAGUUAACUCACAAACCUUCAGAGUUUAUUAAAAUUAUACUGAGUUAAUUAGAUAAACUCAAUUAGAUAUCCUGACAGAAGAUGAUCGACUCAUCUUUUAUUCCAGUGAUAAUCCAUUAUACACCAUACCACCAUAAUAAGUAGUCAAAUACAUUGAUGCCACCAAUCUUAAACCAAAAUUGUCUAAAUUUUCUGUUGAAGACAUCAAACAGUACUCAGCUUCCAUUUCCAUUGAAAUCAAUCAAAUUUCUGAAGCCUAUUAUAUGUAUUGUUUAAAUAGAACAACCUAGCCUGAAAUUUCAGAACUAUUGAGUUUAGGUCCUCCACUCUAUAUGUCUUCUUAAUCAAAAUAUGGAUAUUUGAAUAUCUUGGCCAAAUCAAGCAUAUCCUUAGACUUAUUUGCUUAAACAGACUAUGCCUUCUACAUUGUGUUGAAGAAUCAAGAGGGAAUUACAUCAGAUUUAUUUAGUCUAAAUUUCACUACAAAAAAUCGAAGUAAAAUAGCAUAAUUCAACUGUUUUCUCCCUUUUUAAGCGAAUCAAGCCUAACUCGUUACGGUAAUGAAUUACAUAGCCUUCAUACUCAGUUUACCUAGUUGGAAGAUUCAAUAAAAAGUGGAGUACUAAACACCCACUAGGCUUUUGGCUACAACCACUUUACAAAUGUAUAUUAUACCAUUCAAUGAUACUGAAACUUAUCCAGUGCCUAAAGACUUGAUCAGCAGAAUCACAUCAGAUGCAUAGUUUAAAAGAUUGAUGGGCAUGUACUUGUCAUUUGUUUCCAUCUCUGCGAUCAACUAAGCAAUAGCUGAAGUACCUACUAUUCAAUCAUCUACUUUAAGUAAUUCAUACCUUUAUGACUGCGAAAUCAAAGUUUAAUUAAGUACCUAUGGUUAUAUCUUUGCUGUUGCAUCCAAAAAUGAUGUUUCAACUCCAUUCCAAAUAUUCAAAGGCUUAAACAAUAUCAAUGUGUAAAUUCCAUCUGCUAAUGUUCAUGUCACUAACUUAACAAUUAUUAGCUCCUUUAAUUUAUCAAAUUUAGAACCAAACUAAACAUAUUCCAUCUAUAUCAUAUCUGCAUCAGAUCUCCCUGAGUAUCCAGAUCUCUCAGAUAAAGUCCAAACGCUUACAUGCGCGACGAAAAAGCUAACAGAUAGGGCACCUCUUGAAAUUGUUUACAAUUCAAUCCUAGCAGUAGGCUUGAUUAUAUAUUUCAUAUCAAUUUGA